AUGGCUAAGUUUGAGAAGAUCAGUGAUUGUGGUAGCGGUGGUGCUGGUGGUAGUGUUAGUGGCGGCGGUGAUGGUGGUGGCAAUUCUUCAACUGAUGGUGAUAGUGGUGGUGGUAGUGGUGGUGAUACUUCGACUGGUGGUGGUAGUGGUGGUGACGGCGGCGGUGGUGAUAUUUCGACUGGUGGUGGUGGUGGCGGUGGCGGUGGCGAUGCUUCGACUGCUGGUGGUGGUGGUGCUUCGACUGGUGGUGGUGGUGAUGGAGGAGUGGUUGCAGAGAAGAAAGGCAAGAAAACAAGAAAGAGGAAGACAUAUAGUGGGUAUAUUAUAGUGAUGGUCAUAUGGUUUGUGCUGCUUGAAACAGUAAAGCCCCCUCAGGGCCUCUUCUCUGGAGUUGUAGAGCCAGAGCUGUGGGUCAUAUGGGGGAGCCCCUCCUGCAUGUUCUUUCUCUUAAACAUUAUCAUUGUAAUCCUUGCCCUCAGGUCUGGAAUGUUUUCCAACGCUGCCUCUCAAAAUGGCGGCUUGGAUUUCUACUCUGAGUUUAUCAAGAAGAGUGCAGAAAGAAGGGCCAAGUAUGAGACUGGAAGUCCGGUGACCGGCGGCGCUGGAAAAAACUGGCGCAGCCAGUCAGGUAAGACGAAGAGCCAGAAUGCAUGGAUGUGCAGCAGGUCAGAUCGACCGGCUAAGAAUACGUUGGAAGGGAGAUGCAAGGGUGGUGGUUGUGGGCUCUAG